GACCGACUGCUUUCUUUUUGGCCGCAAGCCUGAAGAAUCAAAACAAGGUUUGUCAACACGUGUUGAACAGCGGAUCGAGAGAAACUGAAACAAUCCCGACGGAUGAACUAUGAGUGUAACCUCGAGCCCAGACCAGGACACGCCCCCGCCGGAUAAGAAAUCCAAAAUGGACACGCAACUCGUGACAGUUCAAUUUGAGACUGAGACAGGCGAUCGUCCUUUUCCGCCCUUAUCGGUGCCCGUGGACAUUACACCCGACAAACUCCAAUUGCUGCUACACACGCUCCUCAAGGCCGACAAUGCGGAUGAAGAGGAUCUAGAUCGACCUUUUGCCUUCUUUCUCCAGGAUCGAGAGAUCCAAGACGAUUUGGCCGAGUGCAUGCAAUGGAUGCUCAUCAAUCAGGAGCGAACCGUGCCCGUUAUCUUCAAGCCCCAAUCCAUAUUCAAAGUCCGCCCAGUGACGCGAUGUACCAGUUCCAUGCCAGGUCACACCCAACCCGUUGUGGUAGCUCUUUUUUCGCCCGAUGGACGAUAUCUGGCCUCAGGAUCGGGUGAUAACACAGUUCGGUUUUGGGAUAUCUCCACGGAAACGCCGCGAUUCGAAGGCAAAGCUCAUCGUCAAUACGUUUUGGCCUUGGCUUGGUCCCCCGAUGGAUCCAGACUUGCUUCAGGCGACAAACUAGGUCACGUGGUGAUUUGGGAUCCCGAGACCGGUCAACAAAUCGGUCGAACCUUGUCCGGUCAUAAGCAGUUCAUUACGGGCUUAGCUUGGCAACCGCUUCAUCUAACGAAAGACGGCGAGUGCCGUUUAUUAGCCAGUUCAUCCAAGGACGGGGAUGUCCGCAUUUGGGACACCAUUACCUCCAAAUUUGUUUUGGCCCUCACCUCACACACCCAAUCGGUGACUUGUCUUCGGUGGGGCGGGACUGACCUGAUUUAUUCCGCCUCCCAAGACCGCACUAUUAAGGUGUGGCGUGCCCAAGAUGGCGUGCUUUGUCGCACUUUGCAAGGCCACGGACAUUGGGUCAAUGUCCUGGCCUUGAACACGGAUUACGUCAUGCGGACAGGUGCCUUUGAGCCAGCCCAAGCCCAGAUUGUGAACAAUAUCUCUUCGUUCAGCGGUCCGGAGAAGAAGGACAUCGCUCUCAAACGCUACCAAGAGGUGUUGAGUCGCGUGAAAGGGGGCGAUGAGCUCAUGGUGUCGGGCUCCGAUGAUUUCACCAUGUUCUUGUGGAACCCUUCGAAGGAGAAGCAGUCGCUCGCCCGAAUGACCGGCCAUCAGCAGUUGGUCAAUGAUGUCAAGUUCUCCCCUGAUUGCCGAAUCGUUGCCUCGGCUUCGUUCGACAAAGCCGUUCGAUUAUGGGAUGGCACCACGGGCAAAUAUCUAGCCGUACUCCGUGGUCACGUUCAAGCCGUGUACCAACUGGCUUGGUCAGCCGAUAGUCGUCUAUUGGUCUCGGGCUCGGCCGAUUCAACGAUCAAGCUCUGGACCGCCCAAGUCAAAGGCGGCUAUGACAAGACCAAAUUUCUAACUGUAGAUUUACCAGGUCACGGAGAUGAGAUCUAUGCCGUGGAUUGGUCACCGGAUGGUCAACGCGUGGUUUCCGGAGGCAAAGAUACUUUGUUAAGAAUAUGGAGGAAAUGAAAGGAAAUGGUUACUGUAUUUCAUAAACACAAAA